CGGGCAUUUUCCAAUGUUGUGUAGGAAAACAACAUGGCGGCCGGAGACGACUCUGACAUUCCAGAGACCGGUGCCGUGUUUACUUUCGGUAAAAGUAGAUUUGCAGAAAACAAUCCGAGUAAAUUCUGGGUGAAAAAUGACAAGGUCUUACAAGUGGCAUGUGGAGACGAGCAUACAGUUCUUGUUGCAGAGAGUGGACGGGUUUUUACCUUUGGGGUCAAUGACUGGGGUCAGUUGGGCAUCGGUAACAACAUGGCGAUGAUGAAACCCACCUGUGUCAAAAAGCUCAAACAGGAGAAGGCUGAACAUGUGGCGUGUGGUCGUAGUCAUACCAUCAUUGGUACAAGGAGUGGUAAGGUAUAUGCCUUUGGAAACAAUGGUGAAGGCCAACUUGGAGUAAAUGAUGAAUCAGUUAACAGCAGCUCUGACCCCUUGGAGGUCAAGGGACUCGAUCAGCCAAUGAAAAUUAAGAUGUUGGCUGCCGGGGCUGACCACACAGUACUUCUCACACGUGAGGGGGAGGUGUACGUAUGGGGAGGAGGUAGUGAAGGACAGCUGGGACUAGGGGACGAGGAUGAGUGUCAUAAACCGACCCUGUUAGACAUUGAUAACGAGAUCACCUGUAUCGGGUGUGGGUACUACCACACAGCCCUAGUCACAGUGACGGGGGAUCUGUAUACAUUUGGAGAGAGUGAUGGAGGUAAACUGGGUCUCGGGGAAAAGAAAGGGGCCAAUGUCCCUACCAAAGUCAGUAUGCCAGAAAAGGUUAAAAUGGUGGCAUGUGGCGGCUCACAUACAGUGGUGCUUACAGUGAAGGGCAAUUUGUACACAUUUGGUGAUGGCCCCAAUGGUCAGCUUGGUCAGGGCAAUAAGGUCCUACAGGAGUUCAAGCCUCAGCUAGUCAAUCUUAGGUUCAAGGUCGUCUACGCUGCAUGUGGGGAGAAUCACACUGCCGUCAUAUCAGAGAAGCAUCAGCUGUUCACCUUUGGGGACGGCAGACAUGGCAAGCUUGGCCUCGGUCAGGACACCAUGUCAAACAUGUUUGCAGCUACUAAAGUGGAAAGAUUUAAAAGAUUUAUAGUUGAAAAUGUAACAUGCGGAGGAUGUCAUAUGAUCGCUAAAGCACACAAACGAACGCAAGAUGAAGAAAAUGAAAGCGACGAGGAAGACGCAACUUUAAACGAAUUAGAAAUGGCAAAAAAUAAGCUUAAUAAUUCCAUUAAACCAGAUGGUACCAUAGACCUGGACGGAACCUUCCCGGCCCGACAGCGACGGCGAGAAACACUCAACAGGACGGCAUCCAUGAAUCGUACACUUCCAUCAUUAGCCAACGGCAAGCCAGCCGGAUCAUCCCUCCAUCACACAGUACCUCCACCAGUAAAAAAGCCAAACCCUACACUCCGAGCCUGUGCUCCUCUCAGUUCUACACAAAUUAUCAAAAAGCCAGUGCCUAAACCUGAUGAAUCGUCAUCAGAGGAGGAGGAAAGCGAAAAGGAGGUGGAAGAAGAGAUGGUUGCAAAGACUUCAACAUUGAGAAAUGAAUCAACAAGUAACCACAUUGACAAAAUUGAGAAAGCUCACCAAAACAAUAACAAUACAAGAGCAUUGCCGAAGCCAUCACCAAAGCCCUCGCCCAAACAGUCGCCCAAGCCCUCGCCCCGCCCACGCGGACAGAAGAAAGACGAACACGGUGAGUCAUCUGGAAAGUCUGAGGAAGAAUCUACCCCAAAGAAAGCUCCUAGGGUAAGUUUUGAUGAGAGUUUAUCGUCAGCCCCGUUGCCACAGCCACGGAAAGCUCCCCCCAAGGUGGUGGAAGAUGAUGAGGAUGAAGAGGAGGAUGAAGAGGAAGAAGAAUCUGAGGAGGAGGAGGAGGAGGAAGAGGUCAAACCAGUCAAGGUUUUGCCUCCCACCCCAAAGAAAGAUGCAAAGAAGAAGAAAGGAAAGUCCUCAGGUUUUAAUGUGUUUAGACGUAGACCUACCGGGUUAACUGACUCAGAAGAGGAAGAAGAAGAAGAAGAGGAAGAGGAGGAGGAAGAAGAAGAAGGAACUGUGAAAAAGGUUGUAAAGACAAAAACUCCAAAUGAAGAGGAGAAGAAAAAUGAAAAGAAAAAAGAUAAGAAGAAAGAAAAAGAAGAUAAGAUAAAAGAAAAAGAAGAUAAGAAAAAAGAAAAAGAAGAUAAGAAAAAAGAGAAAGAUGAUAAGAAAAAGGAGAAAGAUAAAAAGAAAGACAAAUCAAAAGACAAAGACAAGAAAAAGGGUAAAGAUAAGGAGGAAGAAGAUGAGGAGGAAGAGGAUGAAGAGGAAGAGUUAGAAGAAAAAGACAAAGAAAAGGACAAAAAGGACAAAAAAGAAAAGGACAAAAAAGAAAAAGACAAGAAAGAUAAGAAAGGGAAGGACAAGGAUAAAAAGAAAGGGGAUGAAGAUGAAGAGGAGGAGGAGGAAAAGGAGGAAGAAGAUGAGAAAGAUGAGAAAAAGAAAGAAAAAGAUGACAAGAAAAAAGACAAGGAUAAAGAUAAGAAAAAAGACAAAAAGAAAGGAAAAGAUGAGGAGGAGGAAGUGGAAAAAGAAGAUGAAGAAGAAAAGGAAGAAGUAGAAGAAGAGGACAAGAAAGAUAAAAAGAAAGGUGAGAAAGUAUUCGAUGUCUGAAAAUUUGUAACACACUGUUGAAAAUUUAUAUACUCAGGGCUUGAUUUCCAGAUUUCAAAUUCAGUGUAUUUUAGAAGUAAAUGUCGAGUAAGAAACUGUGUGAUGAUAGGAUUUGGUCCCAGGUGAAACCAGGGUUCUCUAAUGGGAAAUCAUUACAAUGUCAGAAAAAAAUAUGUUGUCUGUGUCAUUGUUUAAUGGUUUAAAAAGCAGUUAUUUAGUUAAAACCUGUCGCCUCAAGGUUAUGCCAGCUGUGCUGUAAGAGUGGAAACCUUCAUUGAAUUUGCAUUUUAAUUGAUACAAUCAACCUGUAUUGCAGUGGUCAGAGGUAAACAUUUCCUCUCCACUGAUAGUUUGUUAAGUCAAAACAGGAAACUCCUGCAACAUGAAAAUUUACACUUUUACAAUUUACAGUUAAAAGAUAUUUACAGAAAAGAAUGUAAAGAUUAAAUUUAGUAACUUAGUAACUUACUUAAAACUUAGUAACAAAUAGUAACUGACUUAUUCCUUAGUAAUACAUUAUAACUGACUUAUACCUUAGUAACAAAUAGUAACUGACUUAUACCUUAGUAACAAAUAGUAACUGACUUACACUUUAGUAACAUAAUUAACUGACUUAUUCCUUAGUAACAUAUAGUAACUGACUUAUACCUUAGUAACAUGGUAACUGACUUAUACCUUAGUAACAUAUAGUAACUGACUUAUACCUAAGUAACAAAUAAUAACUGACUUAUUCCUUAGUAACAAAUGGUUACAGACUUAUACCUAAGUAACAAAUAAUAACUGACUUAUACCUAAGUAACAAAUAAUAACUGACUUAUUCCUUAGUAACAUAUAAUAACUGACUUAUACCUAAGUAACAUAGUAACCAACUAACCUUAGUAACAUGAUAACUAAUUGAUAAUGUAGGACUUGAUUUAUUCCCUUGAAUGUACAAUUGUAUUACAGUUUUAAAUAACCAGUUUUAUAAGAUGAAAAGAGGUUUUAUGAAACAAUAUGAAACUGUCAAUCAUGCAUUAAUGGUCAUGAACUAAUCAAAAUGGUUCUUUUUUAAUAAUCUAGAUAAAAAAGAAACAGACAAGAAGGAAAAAGAAAAGGAUAAAAAAGACAAGGAUAAGAAAGGAAAGAAGGGAAAAGAGGAAGAAAAAGAGGAUGACAAAAAAGAGGACGCAGAGGACAAAGAUGAAGAGGAUAAGAAGGAGGAGGGCAGUAAAGAGGAGAGCAAGGACAACAAUGCAAAUAAGGAUGGGGUGAAGGAAAAGGACUCUAAAUCGUGUGUGGUGAUGUGAUGGAGAGCCCCAGGAUUGUUGACCGUUUACUGCAGAGCUGAUGAGGACACCAUAGGCUAGUAAUUGUGUAUGUGAUGGAGAGCCCCAGGAUUGUUGGCCAUUUACUGUAGAGCUGGGGACAUUAUAGGCUAGUAAUUGUGUGUGUAUAUGCUCUAUAGGUAAACCUUUGAACUUUCAUCACCUCACAACUCGUAGCUCUGCCAGGAGUCUAGUUACCACCCCACAAACCACAGCUCUACCAUGAGAAAUCCGGUGUAAUGUCAAGUAGGUACUAACUGUCUGGUGAUGUCCAAGGUUUGGGCAGACACGUCUUGACCUGUAUAUAUAUAUAUGUGUUAGGCCCAGGAGAAUUGACCACAAAGUUACCGGAAAUGUCCAAGGUUGAGUCAUACACAUGUAUUGUCAAAGAUUGAUGUGAAUGCUUCUCCAAGCAGAAAGUAAAUGGAUUAGACUUAAGAUAUAGACUUUGUAGAUGGAUUUGAAAUUGAGUAAAAAAACCGUUGUGGUUUCAAAGAUUUGAACAUUUGAAUUGAGCUGUGACUGUUUGGAAGGAAUGGGUAGUCAAAGGGCUUGUCAUUGAACUGUGACCUUUGCCAUCGUUAAAGUAUGAACAAAUGUGAAGGUACUAUUGAAAAUGAUAGAAGAAAAAGCCAAGGUUAUUGUGUCUGUGUAGAUGGUCGAGUACAACAAUGGUCUAGUACAAAAACAACUUUCUAAACCUCUAGGAUGGAAUAUUGCCCUGUACUUGACCUGAGGCCUGAGGAAACAUAUCCGGAGUGGUCGGUAGGGAGAUGACCACUUGUAGCCUCAGCUGUAUUAGUGGUCUUUUUGACCGGUCCAAAAAAAUAUCAUUCAGACAGGAUUGUUUUUUUUUACCAAUUUUUUUUAUCUGCUGGUAAAAAAAUCUUCAGGAAAGCUUUCUGUCUGAACAUGUGCAUUCAGAAAAAAUAUUUAAGUAAGUCAGGUAAUUAUAUUCUAUUAGCAAAAUAAAAAAAAAAGACCUUUGUCAGACUGAAAACAAGAAAGCUCAAUGCAUUUCAAUAAGUUAAGUCUGAGAGUGAUAUGAAACUUGUCGAUUUUGAAGCUUGUUUUGAGAAAUCAAAGUCAUAUAUAGAGUUAAUCCGUUACUCAUUUUCAUUUUUUUUUUUAUAUGAAUUCUUAAAUCAAAAAGUUGUCAAUUAAAAGUUUAUAUAUAAGGUCUGUAGCAUAUUUUGUUUAAUCAAAAUUGUGUUGCAAAUGGUAUUUUGUAUGUAUUCAGUGAUGUUGUGGUCUAAACAGAUUAAAGUCACGUGCACGAGGAAAACAAGAAGUAAUAUACCCUUUUGUAGUUAUCUCCGCAUUGAGAUCUUUUUUAAAUACUGUAUCAUAUUUUUUUGGUACAGUUGGCCUUAUGUACAUCAGUUAAACUUUUUCGCCCCAUGUCUCUCACGGUUGCCGGGGAUCAGUACGGCGAGAGAGAUAUAAACAAUUCCUACUGUACACCUUAUCUAGAUUAUCUUGUGAAACAUUUUUGUAAAUUACAGGAAAUGUAUUUUGUAUUGAUGUAAUUAUAAUUAGUUAGAGAGCUACAUUUUGCUUACAUUUUAUUUUAUUAGUAUUUGAUUUUGCAUUUAUUUUGGUCUAAAAUUUGGCAUCCGUUGUUAGAUCUAAGAUGGUUGUGAAACAAAUAACACUUAGAAUGGUGCUGAAACUGAUACCUUUGUAUAAUAAUUUAGGUUACUGUUGGAGUAUAUAACGGCAUAAAUAUAGAUAGUUCUUUUAAAAUCAAUUUACAUUUUAUUCCAUUAUCAUGUUAGAAGUUUGAACAUGCAUUAGAUAAAUUUAAAAUGAUAUUCAGUAAGUAGAAGAUAUAAAAUAAUAGAAAGUUCAUGUAUUCUAUUUGAACAAAACAUCCAUUUCUCUGAAGUACCACAUACACAAAAACAUAUAUUUGUCUGCAUAGGGUGUGUCACAUUUAACAUGAAAAAUUCCUAUGAUAGAAUUUUCUAGUUAUAAAAUGUAAAUUUUGAUUUUGACUUAAUAUUUUCCCCUUGUAUAAAACUGCCAUUUAUAUGCUUUAAGUAAACAUAUAGCAUCCUCACUUUUAAAUUUAAAGCGAUUUGAAACAUCCUACAAAUUUAUAAACAUCUUCUGUAAGUUGUGUACAAGUCCAUUUCCAGUAUAUGAUAAGCAAAACAAGGGUUGAAUUCUUAUAAAAUUGAUAAAACACAAAUAAGAGGAAAAAAAAAAGGUCUAAGAAAUACAGUAAGACUAAAAUAUUGGAUUAAUAUUUGAUUCAGAUAUUUUUGAUAAAAAAAAAAUUGGAAACUAAAAAAGGAAGUACCAUGUAGAUGCACAUAUAACUUUGUAAACUAUAUGACUCUGUAUUCUGUAAUGCAGUUUCAUGUGUCAACAUUUUAUUAAAAGCGAUUCUGUGAUAUUGAAUGGACUUAGAAUAUAGCUAUAAAUGACAGUGUGAAUGAAUUGAUUUUGCUAGCUAUUAGACGUAGCUGUUGCUUAAAUUUUUAAUUAACCCUUUCAACACUUUAGACCAUAAUGGACUCAUCCAUAUCAAUGCAUGGUAGAGUCUACUAAAGUUACAAAGGGGUGAAAGCUUAAGAGUUGAGCAUAUUUAUAAUACAUCCCAGGAGACCUAUUUAAGAAAUACUGGAGGUGUUAACCCUUUCACCACUGUAGACCAUAAUGAACUUAUCCAGAUCAAUGCAUGGUAGAGUCUACUAAAGUUACAAAGGGAUGAAAGAGUUAAUCAUUAUUGAGUUGAGCAUCCAUAGACAAUGACCUGCCAGGGCACUUUGUUAUAAGUACAAAUUCACAAUUAGUGUGUUCAUACUAAGUUUGUUUCAGUGUACUGUAUGUAUUUACCAGUACUAAACUAUGUGUAAACUGAAUGUUAUUGUAAGGACUAGAAAAGUGCCCUAUCAACUGCUUUAUCCAGCUGUAGAAUUCAAUACAAAGACUAGAAGUACAUCCCCCAUAGGAUAAAAUCAUCUUUUACGAUUAUAAAAUAAAUGGUAAAAACAUCAUGUAUUUAAUAAUAUUUAUUGUAGAUUUAAAUUGUGCCCGUGUACAUGUAAUAAUACACAUUUGGAUAUACGUCAAUUAAUAUAUUCUCAAAAUAUACUUUAUAAUUUCUCCUGAAAUAAAGUAGCACUUAAAUGAGAUACAGAUUUCUGGUUUUACCUUGCUAAUGAGUUGAAGGUUCUAAAAUACUAAAAAUCCUUUGUUUUUUUAUUUAGAAGACAUGUAUUUUUUGCAUGUAGGAUAAUGCUUGGUCAUUAUUAUACCUGGUAUAUGAUAAAAAGUUUCUUAAAUGGCAACUUACGUAUGUUAUAGAUUAAGAUUGUUUACUAGAAGAAGUAUAAUCUUUUCAGUCGAGAAUUUUACAAAAAAAAGUGAAAGGGAUG